GCAGAAGGAGGAGGAGGAGGAGGAGGGGGGAUGCUUGUUGUGCGCCGGCCGUUUCCCGGCGGAGCCGUCAGCUGACGCCGCCGUUUCCUGGCUGCCGCCCGCCAUGCUGCGGCUCCUGCUCCCGCUGGCCGCCCUGGCCGCGCUCCUCCGGGCGGCGAAAGUUUCUGAGAGGAGUUUUGGGAUUGAUUAUGAUUCCAACUGCUUUGUGAAAGAUGGAGAACCUUUCCGUUACAUCUCCGGUAGCAUUCACUACUCCCGGGUUCCUCCAUAUUACUGGAAAGACCGCCUGUUGAAGAUGAAGAUGGCAGGACUUGAUGCCAUUCAAACGUAUGUCCCAUGGAACUACCAUGAACCCCAGGUGGGCGUUUAUGACUUUUUUGGUGGCAAAGAUCUGGAAAGUUUCCUGCAGCUUGCUAACGACACUGGAUUGCUUGUUAUCCUGAGAGCUGGACCUUACAUCUGUGCGGAAUGGGACAUGGGAGGUCUUCCUGCAUGGCUCUUGGAGAAGAAGUCCAUUGUUCUCAGGUCUUCUGAUUCAGAUUAUCUGGAAGCAGURGAGAGAUGGAUGAGUGUCCUUUUGCCAAAGAUGAGGCCUUACCUCUAUCAGAAUGGAGGCCCAAUCAUCAUGGUKCAGGUGGAGAAUGAGUAUGGAAGCUACUUCGCUUGCGACUACAACUAUCUGCGCUUCCUUCUGAAGCUCUUCCGCCAGCAUCUUGGGGAUGAGGUGGUGCUUUUCACAACUGAUGGUGCAAGCCGGUUUCACUUGAAAUGUGGGGCUCUCCAGGGUCUUUAUGCAACAGUGGACUUUGCCCCAGGUGGCAAUGUCACAGCAGCAUUCUCAGCUCAAAGGAGCAGUGAACCUAAGGGCCCUUUGGUUAAUUCUGAGUUUUAUACUGGAUGGUUGGAUCACUGGGGGCACCGUCAUUCUGUUGUGCCUGCACAAAUUAUAGCUAAAACACUUAAAGAAAUCCUGGCACGUGGUGCUAACGUUAACCUGUACAUGUUUAUAGGUGGGACUAACUUUGCCUAUUGGAAUGGUGCUAAUAUGCCUUAUAUGCCUCAGCCCACUAGUUAUGACUAUGAUGCUCCACUGAGCGAAGCGGGAGACCUGACAGAAAAGUAUUUUGCCUUGAGAGAAGUCAUUGGUAUGUAUAAGCAGUUACCAGAAGGUCUUAUCCCUCCAACAACACCCAAAUUUGCAUAUGGAAAGGUUCGCUUGCAGAAGGCAGGCACUGUGUUGGAUGUUCUUGAUGGACUGUCACCUGGACCAGUGAGAAGCACUUACCCAUUGACCUUUGUUGAGCUAAAGCAGUAUUUUGGGUUUGUACUGUACAGAACUACACUUCCAAAGGACUGUGUGGAGCCAACACCACUKUCUUCACCUUUAAAUGGAGUCCAUGAUCGUGCCUAUGUCUCUGUCAAUGGGGUACCUCAGGGUGUUCUUGAAAGGGACAAAUCCCUUAUGAUAAAUAUAACUGGACCGGCUGGAGCAAAUCUGGACAUCUUGGUAGAGAAUAUGGGCCGAGUCAACUUCGGUAGAUACAAUAACGACUUUAAGGGUCUAGUUUCAAAUUUAACUCUUGCUGAAGAUACACUCRUUGAAUGGGAAAUCUAUCCUCUAAACAUAGAUGGAGCAGUGAACUAUGACGUUCUUGAUCUCUUUCAUCACCCGGAGAGAUCUGCUGGCAAUACACUGAGUUAUGAAGUACCUACAUUUUACACUGGUAGUCUUACAAUUCCUGGAGGGAUUCCAGACUUGCCUCAAGACACCUAUGUGAAUUUUCCUGGCUGGACAAAGGGACAAAUUUGGAUCAAUGGCUUUAAUCUUGGUCGCUACUGGCCAGCCCGUGGUCCUCAGCUGACCCUUUAUGUUCCAAGGAAUGUACUUGUUGCGUCGGUGCCAAACAACAUAACAGUGUUGGAGCUGGAGCGUUCUCCUUGCAGCACCCAGGCGUGUGAAAUAGAAUUUGUAGACAAACCUAGUAUCAAUGCAACCCUACAGCAUGAGAAAUUUAAACCCCCGCUCUUUGUUAGAGAACUAUGGAUGGGGCAUCUAUAAUUAUUUGAGUAUUUCUUUAUUGCCCCCCCACUUUUGUUUCCCUUUCCCUCAAACCAUACUGAUUAACACUGAGUCUUUGAAAAAGGGAAGUUGCUUAGGUGAGACAACUUCUUAAAUUCUUCAAAGACAACUUUUUUUUUUUUUAAGUCUCUCAGUUAAACACUGAAUUUCUUUUUAAAAAUAAAAACUGGAGCUUUGAAAUUUGCCUUGGACUGUGAAAUUGAACUCAGCUGGAAGGUAAYGUUUGCAUCAAUCUAGUAAAAAUGUAGUUCUUGUACUCUGCUUACACUCCAGUAACUUUCUUAUGCUUUUAUUUCUUACCAUGUUUUGCAACUGAGAGGAGCCUACAAAAGGGGUGUGCAGCCCCCCACUGUCUUGCUGGUUUUACUUAAGUGGACUGGUAAGUCAGAGCUGCCAAUGGACGAGACACUUUCAGCUUCCUUAAUCAGCUGGUUAAAGUAUCAAGAUCUUUUUAGUCUGAUUGGGCUUACUGCCAGCCUUGAGUGGACCUCAUUUUUUUAAUGCAAGUGUCUUUGGGAAAAUUUCAGUUGGUUUCUUACAGGAGCAGUGAGAAAAACUCUGGAAGAGAGCACUCAAAUGCCAGCUCGUCCAAACAGCAGUAACAUGGAGAGGGACCUUGUAGUCUGCAUCUGUCGCCUCUUAGAAAGCCAAUUUAUUGCUUCCCUAAUGCUGUCUCUGAGGACUUAAAGUAAAUUGAUCAGUACAAGGACAUAGGUAAAAGUUAGGCUGCUUUACUGGAAAUGCAACCUCUGACUAACCUGCCUGCAGAAUGUGGUUUUAAAAUUAUCAAAUUUUCCUUUGAUUUUUUUGUUUUGUUUUGUUUUUGUUUUGUUUUUGUUUUGUUUUGUUUGUUUGUUUGAUUUCUUUUUUUUCCCUAGUGGGCAUGGAGUACCUUUUCAUAGGCCAGCACCUGGAAGUGGAAUGCUUGAAGUUAAAGAAUUUUAUUUCUCUUUUAGUCAUUAAUUCACAUCACCUGUUUUGUUCCAGUAAACUGAUGGUCUUUUUAAGUGUCUGAUAAUUGCAAAGAUGUACAAACUCUGUCUGUUUAGCUGACUUUCGGCAGACAGAAUCUUCUUUUUGAUUCUUGUGAUUUUGGCGUCAGUCAUGCAAAUUCCGUGGUGAUACUGAAACAGCAUAAGUUGUUGGAAUCAAGUAUUUUCAUUAUCUGUGGUUUCUUCCUUUGAUUUUUGUCUGAUGUUAUUAAAAUGAUCCUUUAAAGAUGAAAUUCCUCCUUUGUGUGUUUGAAAAAGAUUUAUGGGCAGUAUUAAGAUAGAAAUAAGAUUGUAAAAUCUGUGUUGAUGAGGACUUCUUGCUGAUGUCUUGGUUAUUUUCUGCAUUAAGUAAAGCAAAAUUAAGUAGCUGUAAUGGACUGAGCAUACACUGGAGGUGCCACUGUUUUUCUGAGAUGACCAGUGCAAAAACCUGGCUAUUUUUUCUCAGCUGGUGAUACUGUCACUGGAGAAGAGAAUGAAAAAGAGCACCACUCGCUCCAUGCCUGCUACAUGUUUGAUGUGUUUGAUGGGCUUUCAAAGGAGACAAAUGUGACUCAUCUGAGACAGAGAGGUUCUGCUCUUAAAUUCUCACCUCAAAUGCCAGUUCCAGUGACUGAAGGUUGUGUAUUCAAUACCCAGACAUGAUGGAUUCUUGGAAUGUGGUAUGCUCUGACCCCAGGGUUUUUUCUUUCUUGUCACCAUCUCUGUGGAGAUCCUGGAAUGUGCUCUGCAUGCAGUUAUUUAUGAAGUAUCAAUUGCCUCAGAUCCAGGCCUUGAAAAUAAGGGAUGCAACWGAAUUAGUUUCUAACUAAUUCUGGGUUUUGUGGCUUGGUGUGUGGAGUAUGACAGUACUAUUCAUAUAUUAUUUAAGCUCAGUGCUUUAACAGCUGGGAGUGUCUUUAUUUGUAUGACAGUGCUGUGAGGGAACUCCUGGUCCUCACUCCAUACUUUAAUUUACACUGUACUUGUGAUCCAUGAAACUUCACUUUUCACCAUAACAGUGUAAUAUUACCAGUAGAAAGGCUUUGCAUCAAGAAUUAUAGACAUGCCUCUGAUUAAAUCUAAGAAUAACAAUAACAAUGUGGAAAGAAUGGGAUAAAGKUUUUCAAGUUUGGCUGUGGGUGGCAUCUUUAGCAUACCUGCCUAUUUGCUGCUUUCAUUGAAG